GGCACUUCCUUUACUGCAGCACAGCUCAGCUCAAAUGGCAGAAUAACAUGAGGAGAUUUAAUGAACUGGACUAAACACACGCCAACGUCUCCAAUCUGAAGCAGUUCACCAACAUGGACUUUUGUUUUUUGCUUGUUUUCACUUUGGCUGUUCCUUUGGCCACCUCUAGAACUGAAGCACAGUCCACCACAACAACAUCAUCAGCAUCAAAUAUCACCGACAGAACCACCAGCACUGUGUUCCCAAUAACUGCUACUGCCACUACUGCCAUUUUUGUUCCAACUACUACCACUGUUCCCUUUACUACUACUACUACUUCUACUACUGCUGUUCCUUUUACUUCUCCUACUUCUACCACUACUGAACAAACCAAUGCUACCAGACAAACAACUACCACUUACUACCCAAAUACGGCUACUACCACCACCAGUGAUCUGAUCAAUACCACCCCUUAUCCCAGUACUGCAACUACUUUAACCACUGCUUCCAACCUCCAACCUACAACUACGGAUCUAAACAAUGCUAGUGACUUCCUCAAUACUACUACUAUUACUACGAGUGCAUAUCCCCUGAGUCAACCUAUUUCUAAUGGUACUCUACCUACUCAACCAGAAAUCACUAUUGUAACCACUGUUCCAGGGGAUACUACUCUAACUCCAAGAGGUAGUACUCUAACAACGGUUUCAGAGGAUACUACUCAAAUUCCAAGAAGUACUACUGUAACCACUGUUCAAGUUCAUCCCAGUACUGCUCCUGUUGCUACCACCUCUGAUCUAAUCUAUGUUACUACUACUGAUCUAACUAAUAUUACAUCCUACCCCACAACUACUACCACUACUGAUCCCUUUACUACUUCUAAUACUACUGAUCCCUUUACUACUACUACUACUGAUCCCUUUACUACUACUGAUCCCUUUACUACUACUACUACUACUACUACUCCUACUACUACUACUACUACUUCUACUGCUCCUCAUACUACUACUCCUACUGUUACUACUGAUCCCUUUACUACUACCGUUCCCUUUACUACUACUACUGGUCCCUUUACUAUUACUACUACUACUGAUCCCUUUACUACUUCUACUACUAUUGAUCCCUUUACUACUACUACUACUACUACUACUACUACUGUUCCCUUUACUACUACUACUACUACUACUACUGUUUCAUUUACUACUCCCCCUACUACCACUCCUCUGGUUUGUGAUAAUGGUGGGAAUUCACUGAAUGGUGUCUGUAUCUGUCCUGAUGAAUGGACCGGAAAGACAUGCUCAGAAGAAAAUUUCUGCCAAGCACAAACGUUGGACGGAUUCACUUUCCCACGCACACCCAUCGGCUGGUUUGCAUAUUCCAAGGAAAUCUGUCCAAAAGGAACGAGUGGUGCUGGUAAACCAUGGGCAUCGACCAGAUGUUCCACCAAGAACGGAUCAGAGAGUUUCAAUCGUCCACCUCAGGUCCUCCAGUGUGACCAGACGCUCAGCGACAUACAACAAAAUCUUACCAGCCCAGCUAAUUUAGAGAUGCUGGCGAGCAGCACGCAAAUUCUGACCUCCAAACCUGAAGAGCUGACGCCUGAAAACGUUACAGCAGCAGCUCAGAUCGCCAACACGCUGCUGCUGUCUCCGAACGCCACAGAGAGCGUCAGGGUGGCAGCAGUAGCUACAGUCAGCCAACUGCUGAACGCCAGCACGCCGGACGACAGCAAGGAAAACAGCGCUACUCUGGACCUCACGAUGACCCUGGACCAGCUCUCUGUGAACCUCAGCCAAAGUCUCAACACGGUCCAGAGUCAGGUGGUUCAACCAAACCUGGUGGUCCAGUCGGCACAGAUCCCUGCUGCAGGCACUCAGGGAGUCCAGUUCACCUCUCUCUCAGGAACGUCUGGCAGUUUCAUUGCCGACCGAAUUCGGCUGAACACCAACACGUCAACAGCUGUGGUGGAAAACGGGUUCCAAGCCAACGCCCUCAUAUACGUACGAUUCUCACCAGAAGCUGUCAGUGGUCGUCAGAAGCCAUCGAACGUCUCGCUGGGUUUCGUCCUCUACCAGAACGACCGCUUCUUCAGGUCGAAGCGCUACAGAAGGGGACGGGCCACCAUCAGGGUCCUGUCGGCCAGCGUCAAAGGUCAGGAGCGCAGCGUGGUGCCGCAACACGUGGAGAUGCUGUUCAGACCAGCAGUGGCGAACGAUACGUCUCUGUACGACUUCGCCUGUGUUUUCUGGAACUACAGUCUGAAAGAUUGGAGCACUGACGGCUGCUCUAAAGGAAACGCUUCAGACGGAGUCGUGAGAUGUUUCUGCAACCACACCACCAACUUCGCCGCUCUCUGGUCAUUCAGAGAGAAAUAUGAAUAUGCAGAAGCCCUGGACGUGAUUUCUAUUGUUGGACUGUCUUUUUCUAUUCUGGGUUUGGUUGUGACGAUCAUUCACCACCUUAAAGAGAACUUUCAGAGAAACUCUAGUGGGGGGCAGAAUAACAAGAACGCCAAGAUGGUGCUGCUGUGUAUCUACAUCAGCCUGCUGGCCUUCAUCAUCACCUUCCUCUCUGGAGUUGGAAACUCCAGCAGACAGAACGACGCUCAGGUGGAGGUCGACACUCCGGACAACAACAUCCCGGACUCUGAUGAGCACGUGGAGCCGGACAGAGGCUUGUGCUCGGCGGUGGCGGCUCUGCUGCAGUUCUUCCUGUUAUCCACCUUCUCGUGGAACAGCGUGUACGGCACCCAGCUGGUGCUGCUGGUCCGGACGAUGCGCCGCAGUCUUCCUCCAUACUGGACUAAGCUCAGCCUCGCUGUGGGAUGGGGAGUCCCGGCUGUCGUCAUGGCGAUCACACUGGGAGCCACCUACAGGGUCGACAAUCCUCUGGGAUACAGACAGGAAGAAUUUUGCUGGCUUGCAGCUCUGGAUAAGGCCAAGCAGUUUAACUUUGGGAAGCCAAUGUUUUGGGGUUUCCUCCUUCCGGUCGGUCUGAUCCUGAUCUACAACAUUGUACUGUUGGUUCUGGUCUCUCUGACGACAUGCAGGACAAACCCCAACCUGAACAGAAACAAACGUUCGUCUUUCACGAAGAAGUUCCUCACCAGUUUGUCUCUGUCAGUCUCACUGGGUCUGUCCUGGACUCUGGGGUACCUGGUGCUUGUCACUACAGGACCCUCCCACCUGGUCUUCAGCAUUGUCUUCUGCCUCUGUACAACCACACAGGGGUUUCAGAUAUUCAUCCUCUUCACAGCCAGAACGGCGACCUUCAGAGCCACCAUGUCCCGGUCUGUCCAGUACGUCUCGUCUGUCAGCAUCCAGCUCAACAACACAAAGUACAGUUUGCAGAAGUACUCGAGGAGGAAGACCAGAUCAGAGUUCUACAGAGAUCUGAAAGACCAGUACUCGUCCGACAAAACCCUGUAGCAACUCUAACCUUCACAGUGAAGAGAUUGAUGCUUUGGUGCAAAUAUACAUAUUCUUGUAAGAAAAUAUUUGAUGAAGUGUAUAUUUUUCUAAAUGUAGGAAAGGGUCAGAUAAACUGAAAACCUGAUGAAGAUCCUCGUCAUAUCAAAAAAGCUCCUCUAAUCAGUAUUUUUUGUUGACAUGGAUCAUGGAGGAUAAAAUAAAAUGCUGAGCACCCGACAUCUGCAAUUUGCACAAAACGCACUCCAGAACUCAGCAGACCAUGGCAACAUACUGCCAGCCAGGCUAAAGAGACUUCUUUUGCCCCCAAGUGGCCAAAACUUAAAUUAAUGCAGCUUUACUGAAAAAGUUGUAGCAGUAUUGGACAGCAUUCUUUCUUGUUUUCUGUUCUGAUGGCUGCUUUUUUGAUGCAUCCACACAAGUUUUUGCAAGAGCUUGGAAGUAUACAUUUUCUUUUUAAGAGUAAAAAUCUGGAAAUGUAUCUGCAUCUACUUUAAAUAUCAAGCAACUAACAGCUCCUUUGCAUUUAGAGGAACUUAUGAUGUUGCUGCCUGGACGUCAAGUUUUUGGGGGUGGAAACCCCAGAGCAGACCCAGGCCCAAGUGGCUCAGCUUGAAAGAGCUGUUUUGCCACCAGUAGCUGAGGAACACAUUUACAUUUUAUUUUGUCUGAGGUGAUGAUUUAUGUUUUUGAUAAUUCAUCUAUAAUAUUUAGCUUUUUGUAAAGAAUCAUUUAAUCUGUUGGAAGCUUUCUGCAGUUUUUCUUAAAUGUUGCAGAGCUACUUUAUUUUUGCAUUUUGUUAUUGAUUGUUUAAGUCUAAUUUCUGGAGUUAUAUUUCAGUACAUUUACUCAAAAAUUGCACUUUUUUUCAGUUAUGAGGUAUUUGUACUUUGCUUUAUCAUUUCUGAUUUAAUGCUACUUUAUACUUCUACUUCUCUACUUUACAGAGGAAAAUGUUUUAAUCCACUACAUGUAUCUGACAGUAUUUUAGUUACUAGUUAUUUUUCUGAUAAAAUUUUUCAUCCUCUUGUAAAAUGAGAUUUUUUUGUUGAAAUAAUACUACUAACAAUUUAAUUUAAAUUAAUUAUCCAACAAUAUUUAUAAUAUGCAAUACACUGUGAAAGGAGCCAUUCUUUAUACUUUUAUUUUUGAGACUUUUCUGCUGAAAAUAUUUCUGGAGGACAUCCCUGUAAAGGAAUAUUUCUACAUUGUUAUUGUUGUGGUUAUUUUUAUAUUAAUAACGGAUCAAAAUGCUUUUGGUUUGAUAUGAAAAUGUGAAGUUUUAAAUCUGGAAUUCAACCUCAAACUAAACUUGACUGUGACUGAAAGAUAUUGAUGACAUUUUCCUUUAUGAUUUUAUAUGUUUGACAGUAAAGGCUGAUAAUCACUCAGGUAUGUGUCAAGACAAAUGUAUGAUUUGUGAUAUUGGGUUAUAUGAAUAAAUCUGACUUGACUUAAAUAAAAUGUGCUUUAAAUGUGCU